GGAAGGGAUCCGAGAAGUUCAAAGGAAAGUCUAGAUACCGUGUCACAUUCACCAUGCUGAGGCGGGUUGCUGUGUUGACCUGAUAGGCAUCACAACCACAUCGAGAUGUUCUGUUGAUGGCACGGAACUCUUUGUUGACAAAGGCUAAUAUUUCACUUCAAUCUUUCACUUCAAUCCAAACAUCAAUCACGAACUUCUCCUCUGCAUCCUCUUUUCUGCUGCUUCUCAAGACUGUUAUGGCUUAAGUCCUCCGUUUAUGCGGAGCUCAUACCAGCUUAGAGGCGUUACACAAUCAUGCCUCGCCGCAAAUACAUCGAGGACCUCAAGUCACUGGCUGGAGAGCAGGGCAUUCCAAACAUCUCAGGUAUCGAAGCAGGCCAGGACGAUGGGACAUUCGUUUUCGAACUUGACACCAUCCACACCGAUUCACCUGUCACUUUCAUCGCUCAAGUGUGGCCAGAUGUCUCCGACUACCCCUCCGAUCAUACGUUCAAACUCUACACUGAGGAUGAUUCCACACCGGAGUCUCUGUUGCAGAGGCUGUCUCGUCUUGAGGACCGCAAGGGUCUCACUGUCCGCGUUUACCUAAUCCUGCUCUCUUCAACCUUGCAGGUCGUAGACACUGACGAGCUGGAAUAUGAAGAUCCGGAUGACGAAGAGGUGGAUGAGGGCCACGACGAUAUUUAUGAUGACUCCGACGGUAAAGAUCGCUCGAGCCAAUCUCCAGCGACUCGUCGACUAAGUCGCGCAUUCGACGAUAUCCACGUAAAUUCGGAGUAUCAGAAUCGGAUCGGAUCCGACCUCCACGCACUGAAAGACGCGGGCUUUCGUGUCGGCUACACUGGCGCUCUACUCAGCGGUGAACGCUGCCAUGUAAUAGCGUCCAUCCGUGUCGCCAGACUGGGAAUAUCCGACGAAGCCAUGGUAGCCUGGAACCUCCAUCGCUCAGAGUAUUUAGUCUUGCUCUUGUAUUUCCCGUCGGGUUACCGAGCCUUCGAGGAUCUUUCGCGUCUGUCUACCCAGCAGCGAUCACACGUGUUUGACCUGCGCGUGGGUCUUUGCAAGCGAUACAAACCCGACGAUGAGGAAAUCAUCAACGUCUUUUCGGCAACGGCUGCCAAGGCUGGAGACGACCCGGCUCGUAUCAUUCGGAAUUGCUUCAUCUCCAAGCCGAUUGAAGAAAUGCUCCGAACCAGGCUCUUCACCCUUGUCUCUGUCCGUCAAAAUUGCGGGUUUCCAUGCAGCUGGGAUCUCGCCCAACAUGGAUAUAACCUCCUCUCAACCGCACCCGUCGGUCAGUCACUCGACUACCACACCCUGGCAGAUUCGCUGCACGAAACACCGCCUCUGGACCUUUCAGAGAAACAUCUUCCUGCGAUCAUCCUUAGGGACCACCUAAGCUCACCAAAAUCGCAGCUGUCCCUCCCUCUUCUCGUCAUGCAAUGCCUGGUUCGACACUUGGUCCUCUGCACCAGCCACUGCAUGAUUUGUUGGAAGACUCUUAACACCGAGCUGGAAGCAAUCAAACCCUAUGUCUGCGAUGCGCCACUCUGUCUCUACCAGUACCUACAGUUCGGAUUCGGUCCCAGUAUUGAGGAGGAGAUCGUCAAGCAACCAUUCGUUGUCGACCUGUUGAUUAGCUUCUGCUACUCCAGGGCUCUCUAUAACAAAUUGCAAGACUUCCCCUCGGGCCUCAAUCUCCGUGUCCCAAACCCGCAGACUUAUGAGAGAGGUACGGAACAGAUGCAUGAUUGGCGGAAGAAAAUGCCAUACGAAGCGAAACUCGACCUGGCAUCAUGGACAUUGAGCCUGGAGCCAAAGGAUUCGAACCGUCUGAAGGAAAAUCACUGGAUUGUCCUCUGUAUCCAGGGAAGAGGAGAGUUCGUUCGUCACUGUCGGGUUGUGAACGUUGCUGACCCAAAUCGUGUUCAACUCGCGGAACCUCCUAUAAUCGAGAAUGACCCGAUUAUUCCCCUCUCAGGCCCUCUCGGAACCGAAAAUGACCCGGUUGUUAUAGAUCCCAGAAGAUCGAACGCGCGAGAGACUGGGACAUCCAAGGGUUGCAACCCGCUCAAAGUCAAAUUCGCGUUAUACGACCAUAACUUCGACGAUAUUCCGGAACAUUACAAACGACUCAGCCUAUUGCGGAUGAUGGACCUCAUACCCCCAGUCUUGGAAAUGCGCAAACAUCUUCUAGAAUCACGAUCCACUAUUGCACAGUGGACCAACAGGCUUCCACCGGCCUCGAUCCAGAUUUUGCGCUGGAUCAUUGUUUCCUGCCGUGCCUGCAUCUUCCAAGUCGAUAAUCUCAUUGGCGGUGAAGAAAAGAAAGGAGGUGAGAACGAAGAACGGCUCCUCGGGAUGCCUGGGUGGCUUCAGUUCCGGUUUGCAAUGGGUGCUCCAGACAAAGAGCAGCGUUUCCUAGACCAGGUGGAAAAGGUUUCGGAGCGAUUGCAAUUGAAUCACAAGACCUUCUUCGCCUGGCAUGGCAGCCCUGUGGAGAAUUGGCACAGCAUCAUUCGGGAAGGUCUGCAUUAUAAUUCCGUUGUCAAUGGCCGAGCCUAUGGGGAUGGUUGUUACCACUCUCUGGAUUUUAAUGUUAGCCAAACGUAUGCGAACGUGCAUAGGUCCCACGUGGAUGGUCCAAAGUUUAAUUCGCCCAGCUGGACGAGAAGUGCGCUACACAUCCGAUCUGCCAUGUCACUGAACCAAAUUGUCAAUGCACCACAGGAGUUUGUUUCUUCAAGUCCACAUCUUGUGGUACAGCAUGUGGACUGGAUUCAGACACGGUACCUUUUCGUUCGUGGCGUGGGCAAUAUACCCGGUUUCACGGCCAAUGGAAUAGAAAAGUCCCCGGACCAGGUGUUCGAGCAAGACCCUCUGAGGACACCAGCAGGGGAGAUAGCCAGGGUCGUCAUUCCAUAUUCUGCCGUCCAUAGAGCAGAGAAGUUCAUCCGUACAAGCUCUCCAGGGACCUCCGCAGGCAAGAAACAGAAGAAUGGUAACUCUAGAUAUGCCAGAACCCAAUGGGAAGAGGACUCAGAAGCGUCCGAGAAUGAGGAUCAAGUAGUCGCUGGGAUUGAUCAACCUGAGGAUAUGAUGCGAUACGAGCCAGGAAAGCUCAACGCGAAAGACCUGCCUCUCAUCGUACCUCCGGAAUACGCGACUCCCUCCGCUUCCAAAUCCCUCAUGCGUGAUCUCAGGGAAACUGUGGAUCUCCAAAAGCUCACCGUACAUCACGCACUGGGUUGGACCGUCUCCGAAGACCUCCGCGAUGACGACUUCAACCUUUACCAAUGGAUCGUGGAACUCCAUUCCUUCCCGCUCGCGCUCCCGCUCGCCCAUGACAUGAAGAAAUGGGAUAUCCAAAGCAUCGUCCUCGAGAUGCGCUUUGCGGAAGACUACCCCUUCUCUCCGCCCUUCAUCCGCGUCAUCCGCCCCCGCUUCCUCCCCUUCGCUCAAGGCGGCGGCGGACACGUCACGGCCGGCGGAGCGAUUUGCAUGGAGCUUCUCACUCAGUCCGGUUGGUCCAGUGCGAACUCGAUCGAGAGCAUCCUGCUGCAGGUGCGCAUGGCGAUCAUGAGUCUGGAGCCGCGACCGGCGAGGCUGCAUGGCACGGUGGGGGACUAUUCGGCGGGGGAGGCGGUGGAGGCGUACCGCCGGGCGUGCAUGAUUCAUGGCUGGAAACCGCCGCCAUCGUUUGAGAAGAUCUUCAUGGCGAGCUAUCGGGAGUCGGCGAGGGGUUAUGCGACUGCGGGAGCGAGUAGGCCGAUGACGCCGAAGGAGGUGCCGGGCGCAUUCAAAGAGUGAGAGGUAGACGAAAGUUGAGGAUAUUCCCAUUGAUGGAGAAUGCUCUAUUGGGAUUAAGAGGUAUGGUGUUUGAUUGUUUGCUGCAUGCCCCUUGAUCCGAUCCUCAGAGCUCUCAUGGCUGACGAAUAUUGCGAUGGCGUCCGGCGAGCUUAGCUCGCGACUUAAGUAGCUCUUAAUUAAAGGGAGUACGAUUCGGACGUUUGAGAUUCGGACCUUACAUAUGUUAGUCAAGGAUCACUUUAAGGGAAUGAUCCUAAACCGGUAGCGCAGAAAUGGAAAGAUUCAGACAUCAAUUCAUUCAGGGAGAAGUCACUGAUGCCGUGGCCCAGGGGUGAGAAGGGGAAGCGAUUACGAAGCAAGCGUAACCGUGCGAUCGGAGA